AUGGACCAGGAACAGCUCAGAAUAGUAAAGCCAGCUGUCAGCCCCAAACGUAAUUGCAGGGAAAAUCCAGAGAGGAAGAUGGAGUCUUCUGUUGUCUGUUUGGAAAAGCUUCCUCUGCAAAUUUUGGAGAUGAUUUUUGAUUUGCUUGAAACCAAAUACUUACUUGACAUCCGUACAAUUUCCAGAGAUCUUUAUUGGCCUGCAACUCGCGUCUUAUACAGAUUUAUCAUCAUGGUUGAUGAAGUGGACUUUGAUGAUAUUAGAGUGCAAGAGUCCAUCUGGCCUUAUUACCACUGUACUAUUAUGAAUGUUCGGCAGACUGUGAUUUUAGUGGAUGUGCUCAAAGAAAACAAAAAGCUAGCUGCCAUGGUAGAAAGCAUUGUUGUGGGUAACACUGACGAGGUGUCUUUGGUACCAGAGCUUUUGUCCUAUACAAGUCUCAAAUAUUUUCAUUAUGAAGGUAUUCUUCAAAUUCCCCGGAAAUCUCUCGACAACGUGAGAACAUUGGCGUGCUGCGUGCCGUCAGCGAGUAUUGAAAAACCCAACGUGACAGAACUCAAACUUUAUCAGCCACUGAUUGGUACUGUUCCUGAUUUUUAUGCGCAUGCUUCAAGUUCAAUGACCUCUCUGGGAAGUUAUCGCAAGCUCAGAAAACUUUCAAUUGCAGUUACACAUUGGAGUAACGACAGCUAUUUUGAGCUUGAAGAAAUGAACACCCAUUCUUGGGAGUAUUUCAUCUCCAAUUUUAUGCGUUAUCACGAACUCCAAUUAGAUUCUUUGCGCAUUGAGGGUCAAUUCUUGGAUUUCUAUGAUUCACGAAGAAGCUUUGAUCUUUACCAGGGGGUGAAUCUUGGAAUCUUGAAAACUCUUGAGUUGAAAUUUGUAGGGUAUUGUCCUAGUGGGGAGCAAUAUGUCGAUCAUCAUUCCACUGAAUUUUCGUAUGAUCUUAGCAAAUAUUUGCAUCUGCUUAAAAAUCUCUCACUUAUAUUUGAGUAUACUGUGCAGACCAACGUGGAAUCAGAUAUAAAGACACUUGCAAAAGUUCUUGAUGGCAAAUUACGAAAUCAGUUGAGCCUGUUCAGCAUUUCUUUCGAGCCCCAUGCCCGAGCCUCCUUGUGCUACCUACACAACGCCAUUUUGAGAAGUCAAAAGCAGCUUGUGAACCUCAAAAUAAACAAUGGGGAUAUUUUCUCAAGGAUAGGACGUACUCGUUUUGACAAAGAUCCUAACUUGAAAAGGAAAAAAACAAUGGCAUGA